GCGUGAGCGGCCGGUCCAGGCGGUUUAUCCACUGAUAAACUCCUCCACUUAUGACAAGACACAGUUGGUAGAGUCGCACCAUGGAGGUCAAACUGUUGGUUUGUGGCGUCGUGCUCGUGGUCUUAUCGGUUACAGGAAGCAACGCGCAGUUAGAUGUUUGUGGUGCUGCACCUCUCAACAGCAGGAUCGUAGGAGGGGCGGAUGCUCCUGCAGGGUCGUGGCCCUGGCAGGCCAGUCUGCAGAGCAACGGAUUUCAUUUCUGUGGAGGCUCCCUGAUCAACAACCAGUGGGUCCUGACUGCUGCUCACUGUGUCAGAAGCACCCCAUCUGGUUUCACCGUUAACCUCGGCCGCGACGCCCUAGACUUGCCGAAUACAAACGGAAUCUCCCUGACUGUGUCCCAGAUCAUCGUAAAUCCUAACUAUGAUGAAAACACGCUCAACAACGACAUAGCCUUGGUGCAGCUGUCCUCACCUGUUACCUUCACCGACUUCAUCAGACCCGUUUGUUUGGCGGCUGGCGGCAGCGUCUUUAAAGCCAGGACAAGCUGCUGGGUCACCGGAUGGGGAAACAUCCAAACUAACACUCCUCUUCCUUCCCCAAAGAGGCUGCAGGAGGAGAUUCUUCCCAUCGUGUCCAACAGUGAUUGUAACGUUGUCUACGGUGGUAUAAUCACAAACAACAUGAUCUGUGCCGGUGUGACCCAGGGAGGACAGGGCACCUGCUUUGGGGAUUCAGGCGGCCCGUUGGUGAAAAAUAACGGCUCUGUCUGGAUCCAGGCUGGAGUGGUGAGUUUUGUUUUAGAAACAGGCUGUGCCGUGCCUAAUGUCCCAGAAGGCUUCACCCGAGUGUCCCAGUAUCAGUCCUGGAUCAACAGCCAGAUCCCAACCAACCAGCCGGGCUUCGUCCUCUUUGGAACUGCUCACCUGGUUCCCCUCUCGGUUCCUCUGCUGCUGUCCAUCGUACCUGUUGCCUUCUCCUUCUCUGUCCUUUCAUAGGAAGUUUUAUGAUUAACGCACCAGGAUAGAGUCAAACUCUCUGCCUCUCUUAAAACAAGCAACAAAAUGUUUCCACCCUGUUUCCAGCUUCUUGUGUUGAAGGAGUUUUGCAGAAAAGAGUCGACAGAAGAGAAGAGAGAGAAACUGGUUUAAUGACAAAGGAAUGUUUUCAGUAUUAACAUUAAUUGAUUAAUUGUUUUGUCUUUAAAAUGGGAGAAACUAGAGAAAUGUGUCCUUUUAUAACUUCACACAGCCCAACAAAAACCCAAAGAUAUAUAUAAGAAAAUAGUUUUCUAUUGAUUAACAAAUCUAUAACCAAUCGUGGCGCUUCUACUAACUGUUCUUUAAACAGGUGAAAUAAUUUUAGCCUUUUUCUCAGGAUUUUCAAUUCAGUGGAAACUUUUUAGUGCCGACUGUCUUAAACGUAAUGAAUAAUGAGCCUGAGUGUCAUAGUUAAACUCAAAGUAAAAAAUACAACAAAAGACAAUUAAAUUGACCAGUUAAUUGCUCUAUUUCCUUAUUUUGUCUUUAAUGAUGAAUUAAUUAUUAAAAUUUCAAAAUGCAAAUAGAGACAGAAUUUGUUUAAAAGACUUUUAAAAUUAACUUAUUGAACGAUUUUCCAUCGCACAGUUCAUUUAUUUUUUCUCUUUGACGUUUAAUAUCCAUUUUUUGAUCAAUUUUAAAUAAAUUCCAUUUAAAAACACAAUAUAUAUUAAUUAAACAAGUUAAUUUACCUUAAGUUUCACAAUACGUCAUUUAAACUGGUCAAUUUAACAAAGCUCCUUCUAAAAGUGGCAAAUUUAUUAACAUGGUUACAAUUAAACACGAGAAGUUUAUAAUCAUUUCAGUGACUCCAGACUCCCAUAAUAGUUUAUUAAAGUCAGUGAAGUCUGAACAGAUUUUGGCCUGAAACUGAACAAACAUACAAACAACACUGAGUCUUUCUGCUGUUAAACAUUUGGACAGAUACUGAAUAUUAGAAGUUUAUGAAGGUUGCUGAUGUUGCUGAUUGACGGUGAAGACUUGAAUUAAUAACUAUAACUGUUAAUGUCUUGUUUUUGCACUGAACACUUGCAACUUUGAUUUUUAAUUUUACAUUAAUGGGAAAGUCAAAUAUAACACACACACACACACACUCAGGCCUCUAACAGUAUCAGCAGUAUGUGUGACUGGUUAAACUUUUACAGGUGUUUCUAUCUGUUUGGUAUCUGUAAAGCUUUUUCAAAUACAUUUAACACAACGACAGUUUGUUCAUCAUCUUAAAUAAACAUUUUCUUUUAAUCAA